ACACGAAUUAUACUUUUUGUUUUAGAAGGUUUUAAAAACGCAACAGAAACCAAGCGUAACUUUUAUCUGAGUUGUGCCAGCUGGCUAUAUAUUGUUAAAUAUAUUCGAAUAUACUUAAGUAUACUAGUUAAAAACGUUUUUAUUGAAUUUAUUGAAACUAAGAAUUUUGCUGUUAAUGAAGUGUUGAAUAAAUAUUGAAGGUAAUACUAUAAAAUAAUUUGAUGUUAUAAUGUUUAUAAGAAUACAAAAAAUCCUUGAAAUGAUUUGGUGAUUAUGUCAUUGCCGAAAUUCUCCAUUCAGAAUCAUCAAAACGGUACAAUCAAUAAAAAUAUACAGAAGUUACCAGAAAAAUAUUUUUAUGAUGAAGAAGUUUAUAGUUUAAAUUUUCCUAGUGUCUCAAAUGACCUCAUAGUUAAAUUACAAGAAGAUAUGCAAAAUCGUUCACGUGUCACCCAGAAAGUAUUAAAUAAUGAAGACAAAUGUUUGUUUGGAGAAAAAAGCGCAUUCAUUUAUAUAGAUGUAAAAGACAGUGACACAUUGCAGAAGCUGGCUCUCAUGUUUAAUUGUAAAAUAUCUGAUAUCAAGUUAGCCAAUAAAAUUUAUAAAGAACAAGACUUGCAUGGUUUGAAGACUGUAAAGAUCCCAGUUUUACCAAAUAGUAUACUGCAUGAAGAGUUUUGUAAAAAUGAAGAAAGUGAACAAUCCUUGAAGUAUCAACACCCUUCAGAUACAACAAAGGAAUCGUUUCAUAUGGAAAAUUUUGAUAUUAAAAAUGAGCUAGAUUAUUUGUCAGAUGACAAUGAUACAUCUGACGAACAAAGUGAAUUGCGUAGUCUUCUUGCAGAUAAUUCUGUGAAACAUGUUAAAACUGGUCAAUUUAUUGUUGAUCAACAUGAUUUAAAUAUUGUUGAUUAUCUUAAUGUUAUAGACAAAAGAAUUGAACAAAGUUGUGCAGUAUUAGACUCUACUGUCAGUAAUGACGAAGUUCUGAAUUUAGUAAAAACCGACUUUGUAUUUCCAAAUGUACAGAAGAGUUCUGUGGAACCUUUAGGUUCUUUGGGUUCAUAUAAAUGGACGCAUUAUUUUUUUUGCUUUUGUUUUAUUGCAGUGAUUUGUCCAACUGUAGGUUUUUUAUUAUAUAAAUUUAAAAUACAGUAGUUUUGGCUAUUAACAUUUUUAAA